GUCAACUAUGCGAUUAUGUGCGGUGGUUCGACGGUGAUAGCGCUGGUCUUUAUCGAUUCACAUUACUACGGCAAAACUGUCUUGGCUCCUCUGAAUAUUGUGCUCUACAACGUGUUCUCGUCGCAUGGACCGAAUUUGUAUGGUGUUGAGGAUUGGAUAUUUUACGUGAAGAAUCUCUUUUUGAACUGGAAUUUGGCUGUGGUGCUUGCACCGUUCGCUGUGCCAUUGGCUGCGUUCGGUUAUGUUCGAGUGCGAUCGUCGAAACAACUAUCGCAUAGAAUGCCUUUUGAUUUUUCGUAUGCUUACUGGCAACGUUUUCUACCGGUGUUAUUCGUGUUUAUGUCGAUGUGCUUAUGGCUGGUGAUAUUCUUCAGUCAACCUCACAAAGAAGAACGUUUCUUGUUUCCAAUUUAUCCACUGAUUGCACUGCUUGCCGCAGUUACGUUGGAUGCGAUACCGAGAGUUGGUACGAGCCUGUUGGGUGGAGGCACUCGAAAGGUGUGGCAUUUUUGUGUGGGAGCGUAUCUGGUCGUGUUCGUGGUGCUUUCCCUAUCGCGAUCGGCCGCAUUGCAUCGCAAUUUCUCUGCCCCAAUCGAGGUGUUCAAAGGACUGAACGAGCAUUUGACCGUUCCGGCGAAUCUCGACAAACAACGUUAUCAGGCGAGAGAGGUUCGUUGGAUGAGUUAG